UUCCUAAUGGUAGGGACCGAUUCCGUAACUAGCAGACGACCAAGUCUAGCAGACGGCGCGUAGCUAGCGUCGUUCGCGGGCGUUUGUGAGUCCGUUUCAAAAUCGAAGAUCGUCGAACGCCGGAGUGAUACGAUUCCACGUGAACGGGGAAGAUCCCUGUGUGCAAAACAGUUUUUUCUUGCCAGGGAACGAGUGUAAAAAAAUCGAUCGGAAAUGGAUCCCGAGGCGUUCCUGGACAUGGCCAAUCAGGUCAUUAAAUUGAAAAUGUUCCCGUAUUUUGAUAUCGCGCACUGCGUACUAUGCGCGUUACACGUCAGAGAGGAUUUAGGACCCGGUGCUCACGCGUUUUCUCGAAAACAUCCUCUGUCAUGCUGGCUUUCAACAAUGCUGGUAGUGUUUGCAAGUGGUAUGCUAUGCAAUGGUCUUUUAGGAGAGCCAAUUCUUGCACCUUUAAAAGAUACAUCACAAAUGAUAGUAGCGACUAUUGUUUGGUACGUGGUAUUUUAUACACCAUUUGAUAUUGGAUAUAAAAUUGCUAAGUUUUUACCAGUGAAGAUAGUAUGUGCUACCAUGAAGGAAAUAUAUAGGUGUAAAAAGGUAUAUGAUGGAGUAACUCAUGCAGGGAAACUUUAUCCAAAUGCAUAUCUUAUUAUGGUGUUGAUUGGGACGCUCAAAGGAAAUGGAGCAGGUUUUACAAAACUUUUUGAACGCCUUAUACGAGGAGUAUGGACUCCAACUGCUAUGGAAUUUAUGCAACCUAGCUUCCCUACGAAAGCAUCAAUGGUAGCAUCCAUUAUUUUCGUCUUAGACAAAAAGACUGAUCUUAUUUCAGCACCUCACGCGUUGGUUUACUUUGGUAUUGUUAUCUUCUUCGUAUAUUUCAAGCUAUCGUCCAUUUUACUUGGAAUUCAUGAUCCAUUUGUACCGUUUGAAAAUCUAUUCUGUGCGUUGUUCUUUGGAGGAAUUUGGGAUUCGUUAGCCAAAUUUCUGGGACGAGGCCAAGCUAAAGACGAGAAAGCAGAUGCCAAGAAAAAGGACUAAAUUAUAGGUACACGUAAGAUUCUUCUAAUACGAACGUUAAUACUAGCAUUGAUAUGCUAAGAAUCGAUCUUCCGUCGGUGAAUGCGGGGUCCAAACGAACCCCGCAUUCGCCGGCCCACAAUACUAGUUAGCGGAGCAUCCGCAGUUCGAUGGUUAAUGAAUGGAAUCAAUUCAAACUAAUCAGGCGAUACUCACGUAUUAAGAUGUGACUAUGGACAAAGUGGCAUGUGUUUGAGAAUAUUGACUUCCAUCGUUAAGAGUAACACACACACAAUAUUAUCUCUAUCGAGAUAAUCGUUAGAAACAAUAAAAUCCUUGCUCGAUGAUCGAAGACGUAUCUAUUGUUGAUUUUUCAAUAAUGUACAUAUAUAUAAUUUCAUAUAACGUUUUAACGAUUGAAUUAAAAAAAAAAAAAAAAAAAAAAUAAUUUUUGUAGAGUGAAGUGCAAUUCUUGAGUACGUGUACGUUGAAAUAUAUUAUUAGUAACGUUCGAUUUGUAAUAUCGAUUACGUAAUUAUGUAAUUUGCGUAAACGAAUUAAUUACCAAUUACGAUAUCUAUCACGAGGAGAUGUACUCAGGUUAUCGAAUUUAUGCAUUAAGAUAAUUUUAAUGCGUAUCCAAACAAUAAGACUUCUGAUAAUGAAACUUCGGAUAACAAAUGAAAUCUACAUAUGACGUAAAUAUAUCAACGAGGAAAAGUAAAGCUCUUUUAUACUAUUUUAUUAUAAUUAGAUACCGACAAUUGGUAUAAUUGGUGCCGAAAUGAAAAAAAGUCUCGUGAAAGAAAUGGUCUGGUCGGUUGUUUCGGAUAGAUUCAAUGGAAUCUUAAAUAUAAGGAUAUUAUAAAUAUUCACAUUAUAACAAAUAACAUCAUAUGGCACAGCGUGACAGUGAGUAAAAGGAACUAGUCUCUUUAUUCUUUUGCUGUUCCGCGAGACUUUUUUCCAAUUCCGCACACCAUAGACACGUGUAUCAAGCGUUUGCCUUGGACUCAACGACAUGUGACUAUAAUUUACUAUAAAAAUUGAAUAAUUAAGUAAAUUAAUAUUCCAAACCGACAGAACGUUAUACAUUUUCAUGUAAUAAAAUGAAGUUUGUUCUUCUA